AUGGCCUCUCCGUCGUCGCAGUCGCAGGCCUUGGCCAAGAGGCCAGAUGGUCAGCUCAUGCCACCUCCGCCACCUCCAAAUCGCAUCAAACGCCCCGCGACCGUCCUCGACGAAGAUGUCUACACUACUGCCCUCUCCCACAUUAUUGCCCGCGACUUCUUCCCUGGUCUGCUUGAGACCCGAUCAAAACAGGAAUACCUCGAUGCGUUGGAAUCAAAAGAUGCAGACUGGAUCAAGAGUUCCAAGCAGAAGCUUGCGGAUGUCAUGCGCACUCCGACCCCGGGUUUAAAUGCGCGACGAAAGACCGACGCCGCAUCCGUGGCGGGCACUCCGCAACAUAUACCAGGUCGAUCAGAUGAGACCCCUCGGGGAUGGAAAGGCGAUACACCCAUGUCUGUUGUAUCUACUUCGACUACAGCAACAACGGCAACAGCCAACGAUCAGAAACUUGCCGAUGCAGCCAACAUGGGACUUCUUGCCUUCCAGGCGAAAUACACCAGCGAGGAUAACGAGUCAUUCAACAAAGUCCUGGACAAACAGAACAUCAAGCGCCGUGAAAAAAAUGGCUGGCUUUGGAAUGACAAUAAGAUCCCAUCCGCGCGGCAGAUUGCUCAUCAUAAUCACGAAGUGAAGCGCAUCACAGCCCAGGGUGGAAACCCGGAAACCAGUCUGAUCAAGGCAAAUGAAGGUCCUGCUAUCAAGACAGACCUCGAUGCUCGCCCAGCAAGGCCUGAUCACUGGAAAUCCCGCCCGGAUAACUCGCUCAUGUUCCUUCCCUCAUCGGUCGAGGAUACCCAUGAAACACUUCAGCAGAAGGCCGAGAACGCGUCCCGCGCAGGGCCCAAGCGGACUUUAUACCAAAAUACAAGACUUCUUGAUGCCGACGCAGCAAUGGCCGCCGAUGCUACAAACAAAGUUCCAGCCUCGCCUUCUAUCUCGGCUAUUCAAGAGGCUAUCGCGGGCCGCCCGCGUCUUAGCGAGUCUGAAGCUUCUUCUGUUCCGGGAGGAGAAACCCCACGAGUCAACGGAUAUGCUUUCGUCGACGAAGAUGAACCUGAAUAUGAACCACAACCAGCCGGGUCUCUCGAAGCUGACUGGCGUCUCCUCGGCGCGAGCGAUGCAACACCAAACCCCUUUCAACUACGCGAAACCGGUAGACGUGAGGCUCUACACCACCGCAUGGUGGAUCGUGUCGCACGUAACAAGCGCGCUGAAAGGGCCACUCGUGUGACCAAAACACCUGUUAAUAAUACGCCCCGAUUUGCAAGCAGUCCGCGCAUUGAUGGACUAACUCCGAGACCUGGCUCGGGGAAAAUGUUGACUUCUGCAGCACAGAAUUUGUUGUCGCGAGUUGGCAGUACGCCACGGGCCUCUGGGGGAGCAUCUGGGUUGAAGAAUAUGUGGACUCCCACUCCACGGCGCAAGUGA